AUGCAGAUAGGUCUUUCUCAGAGUGCCAUUUUCGACGCAGUGGAGGCCUCACUUGAGCGACUCGGAAGCACCGACCUAGACGUUCUACAGAUCCACCGCUUCGACGAAACUGUACCACCAGCCGAGACGAUGCAUGCCCUCGAUUGCUUAGUCCGAAGUGGCAAGGUUCGAUAUAUCGGUGCGAGUUCAAUGUGGGCCUACCAGUUCGCUCUCCUGCAGUCCACGGCCGAGAAGUACAGAUACACAAAAUUCGUAUCCAUGCAAAACCAGUCCAAUUUGCCUUAUCGGGAGGAGGAGCGUGAGAUGAACAGAUACUGCAAUGAAACCGGGUGGGCCCCAUUCUCAUCAGGCUUGCUUGUCCGGCCCUUGGCGGAGAAUGUAAAUUCUCUUCGAUCCAAGUCCACCAAGAACGGUGCGUUCUACGAAGAUGAAGACUCUGUCGCAACAGACGUUAUUAUUGCACGCGUAGAGGAGGUCGCUAAAGAAGAGGGUGGCCCAUGUGCCACGUUGCGCUAG